GGCUGGGCGGGCACUGGGCUGCUGUCGCGCGGGCAGGCGGUGUUGGUGCGGGUGGCUGUUGCCGGCGGAGCACAGCGGCUCAGCUAGGGAAGCGUCAUCUGCAAAGUUGAAGGAAAGGAAAAGCGUAGUGAUUCCGGGUGUGAUCCUGAGUGUGUUAUGUGACAGACGGAUGCUGAGUUUCUAACUCCAUCAUUCUAGAUUGUAGAACCUGAACUGGAACUACUACCUUGCUAGGUUUGCUGGGAUGGGUAAUCUUCUUAAGGUCCUUACCAGGGAAAUUGAAAACUAUCCACAUUUUUUCCUGGAUUUUGAAAAUGCACAGCCUACAGAUGGAGAAAGGGAGGUAUGGAAUCAGAUCAAUGCAGUUUUACAGGAUUCUGAAAACUUGCUUGCAGACCUUCAAGCUUACAAAGGAGCUGGACAAGAAAUAAGAGAUGCAAUACAAAACCCAAAUGAUAUCCAGCUUCAAGAAAAAGCUUGGAAUUCAGUUUGUCCUCUGGUUCUGAGGCUGAAGCAGUUUUAUGAGUUUUCACUCAGACUAGAGAAAGCACUACAGAGCUUAUUGGAAUCAUUGACUUGUCCGCCCUAUACUCCAACUCAGCACCUGGAACGAGAACAGGCUCUAGCCAAGGAGUUUGCAGAAAUCUUACAUUUUACUCUCCGCUUUGAUGAGCUUAAGAUGAGAAAUCCAGCCAUUCAAAAUGACUUCAGUUACUACAGACGGACAAUAAAUCGCAACAGAAUAAACAAUUUACAUAUAGACAUUGAGAAUGAAGUAAAUAAUGAAAUGGCCAACAGAAUGUCUCUAUUUUAUGCAGAAGCCACACCAAUGCUGAAAACACUCAGCAAUGCCACAACACACUUUGUAUCAGAAAACAAAACCCUACCGAUUGAGAAUACAACAGACUGUUUAAGUACUAUGGCCAGUGUAUGUAAAGUCAUGUUGGAAACACCAGAAUACAGAAGUCGGUUCACCAGUGAAAAGACUCUUAUGUUCUGCAUGAGAGUAAUGGUGGGCGUUAUUAUUCUCUAUGAUCACGUUCAUCCUGUGGGAGCUUUUUCUAAGACAUCAAAGAUUGAUAUGAAGGGGUACAUAAAAGUUUUAAAGGAGCAGCCUCCUGAUACUGUGGAAGUCCUUCUGAAUGCUCUCAGGUUCACUACAAAACACCUGAAUGAUGAAUCUACUUCCAAGCACAUUCGAGCGAUGCUUCAGUAGUCCCUUCUGAGACAAGUGGAGCUAUAUGUAUUGAUCACAGAAGAUGUGUAUGUUUACAUAAUUUAAUACAGAUUGGUGUUAAUACUUGUGUGUAUGUUCUUCACAUCAUUGAAAUUUAUGAGUCUUUAGUCAUAACAUGACUGACUUUAUAUAGCACAAUCUCCAUUUACAUGUCGGCCUUAUCUUUUUACAUUAUACUUCAACUACAUCUAUAACAGUCUGUUGUUGUCUGUGUUUGUUUAAUCCAAAAAAGCUGCCUCUUUCACAGAAGUAAGCAGUAGUAAGGACAAAAUGGAAGUCAAAUAGACUAAACCCUAGGGGUGAAAUCUUGCAGGAGAAAUUGAAUGUGAAUUAAAAUUAAAAGUGAAAUUGUCUCAUUUCUUUGUUUAUUGUGCUGUUGGAAAUUUAGUUUUACAUAAAGUUCUCCAAAGUCUUUUUAUGGACUGAAGGUCAUUUGAAUGUUCAGCACCAUUGCAUGAGACACAACAUGUUUUGUAUUAGGCAGAAGGAAAAGUGGCCACCUACUGCGCAUUCUUGCUUGGCUGAAAACAGCCAACAAAUUCUGUUGCCAAAGAAGACAUUGUGUCUCUUCGGUUUAUUCUGUAACCCUUGCCGUUCCACAGUUGAGAAAUUGAUAUCCUGUUUCGGGUUUAAUGUAUUUACUUAUAAAAUGCAGUUCAAGACUAUCCUCAGAUUCAGACAAGCUUGUAUUACUGAAUAAGAAAAAUACUCUUAGGCCUAAUGCCUGAAGCUUGGAGAAUAAUGAGGAAGUACUAAAGCCUUGUGUACAUUAGAAAGCUUAUGCCAAUUCCCCAAAUGAAAUCUAAGGGUCUGUCUACACUGAAAUAAAACACCUGCAGCUGGCCCAGGUCAGCUGACACCGUCUCAAAGGGCAUGGGCUGCAGACUAUAAAACAGCAGUAUAGAUGUUGGGUCUUGGGCUGGAGCCCAGGACCCUUCCCUGUUGCAGGGUCCCAGACUCUGAGUUCUAAUCAGUGGCGUAGCCAGGUGGAGGGAACGGGGAGCGAUUUAAAAAAAAAAAAAAAAAAGCGUCACCCGCUGCAGCAUUUUUUCUCACCCAGCGGCGCUCCGGGUCGUCUUCGGCGGGCCUUUCACUUGCUCUGAGGGUCUUUGGUGGCAUUUCGGCGGCAGGUCUUUCAGUGAAGC